AUGGAGGCCACUCCAACCACAUAUCCUGCCGAUGCCACUGCGCCGGGCGCUCCUCGAUCCUCGGCUUCUUCGAGCAGUCUGUCAUCUCCGACGCAGUCCACCUUCUCCAAAGGUCACUCAUCGCGCGGCUCGGGUUCGUCGAUCACCUCGUCGCCGAUCCCACGCGAAUCCUUCGACAUGUAUUCGACCAAAAGGCUGGAAGAUGUGACAGAGGAACCUCAAGAGAUUCAAGAAAGAGAUGAGUUCGAAGGAUACACUUUGGUCAACGAUGGAAGCUUCGACUUCCCCGAUUAUGACAAGGCUUUCUCGAACUAUUUCGGUGGUGAUAUUGAACAAUCCCCACCAAGCUCUCCUAUACAACCUGAAUGGACCUUGAGAGAUGCGGACGACUGGUCCUCAACCUCUUCAGCAGCUCCACCGCUGUACAAGCGACGACGGUCAAUGGAACAGCCUACCUCUGCUCCUGCUGCUGCGCCUGCCAACGCCCACCGUCUCAGCAGCAAAUUUGGUUCGAUAUCACGACGUUGGAAGAACAGAUCGGCACCUGGACCACAGCUGUCGAUCAUCACACACCUCAACUCUCCGGCUUCGCGGUCUGGAUCUCUCAAUUCUUCACAGAUAGUCAGUCCUGCCAUGAGUGUUAUCUCCAAGCAUGAAAGUCUACUGCCCUUGUCACCAGUCGCGCCGCUCACGAGUCAGACUUCAUUCGAAAUGCACACAGAACCACUGCAAGAGUCUGAGGGAGACGAGGACGAAGAGCCAUGUCAAGCCACUACCCCUUUGCUGCCGCCUGUGCUUGCGGAGGUGUGCAAGAAGGAGGAACCUAUUCAGUCUCCUCUCCAAUCACCAUCAAUCGCUCCUACAUCUGCAAUCAUGAGCUCUCGGAACUCGUUCGACGCGCCACUGUCGUGCCUACCGUCUCCACCUUUGUCCACAAAGCCCUCGAUGGUGUCUAUGCAUAAUAGGUCUCGAACCAACACGAUGACCAACGGCCCUAUCCUAGAUAUACCACCGCUGCAACUCUUGGACGAUGUCUUGGACCCUUGGACGGUUCGACUGGGUCACGCCAACUUCACCAUUCAUCCUGAACCGUAUACACCGGAGACGAUUGACCUGGACUCUUAUACUGAAUACCGUAACAAUUGGGAUCAUGCUCGGACCAACUACGCCAGACAUAUUUCCCGUACUGCCGAGCAUUACGGGUCGACGUCCAAGGUGUACAAGCUAAGCGAGGAGAAAUGGUCCUUGGUGGAUGAUGCGUGGAAGAGACAUCACAACCUGAUGAGGUCCAUUCUGGCACCUGUCCUUGCUCGCCUGAGUGAUGGAGACUCGUCAAUGCAGAACUCCACGGCUUCAAGCGCUGUCCUGGAGAAGCCCGCCACCAAAGUCAUUUUGCCUGUUAUUGACGACAAGAGCGGCAAAUUCCCCGAGCUUGGUGACGGGGAGAUUGUCGGUCCCAUGUCUGUGGCUCGUCCUCGGGCAAUGACCAGCCCCAACAGAGGCAUCGAUCCAAGAAGUCCAUCCCUAUCUCCAUACAAGCGCAACCUCCGCAAAUUCCUCAUCGACUUUUUCCACAAAUGA